UUAAAGGAGCGUCAACGCAAAGGCUCAUCCGCGAGGCGUCCCGGAGGAUCAGACUGAUGCGCCGCAGUACACACAGUAGGACACCGCGCAGCACCGCAACACAGACAGCGCGCUCCAGGAAACACUGCGCACCGGCACGCGGCACCAGGUAUCCAAGCCGUCAUCGAAGGAGGACGUCAGGUGCCAAGAUCUCCGCUCUGUUCAAGUGGGCCGAGGAGCACAGCAGCUUUCUAAUCUGCUGUCGAAUGAAGUCUGGAGAUAUAUAUGAAGCUUUCAAGGCCUUUUGAUUAAUCGGCCGCUCGAUGGGGAUUUACAGAGGAGCUCCCACCUGUGUCGCCUCCCCUCCACUCCACCGCCUGCCCCCCCUCUUCAGCACCUCCUCCACAGAAAUCAUGAAACUUGUAUUAACUGAAUGGCAAUUGAUAUGGAUUUUUACUGAUCACAGUAGACAGUAAACGGAGCCAACCCAUGACAAGCCAUACCUUUCUACACGUCCUACCCAAAUAUCCACGUCUGUCCCUCGGGACCUUCACCGACACCCCUCUGACUCGCAAGGGGAUGUGCUUGUGCCCUAACUGGUGUGUGGAGAGCAUCUGAGUGCCGAGGGAAGGAGCGGAUUUCAACAUCAGCGGCUCCGUCUCCACCCUCCUCCUUAUUUAUAUCUAUUUCUUGAAAUUGGGAGGUCCCCCCCCCCCCCCAACCCCUGUUUCUCGCAUGCUGGUGGCCAUGGCUCCCCAGAAUGCUGACCCGGAUACUAUGCACGUGCAGGGUGUGGAGGUGGUCCCUGCCAAGAAGGUGGCCGGUGGUCGGGAGCAAGAAAACAGGGAUGAGUCAGAGAGCGAGGGCUCCAUAGAUCGCAUCCCGCUGCGCAAGUGGGUUAUGCACGGUGCCGUCAUGUUUGGCCGCGAGUUCUGCUACGCCAUGGAGACGGCCCUGGUCACUCCAGUGCUGCUGCAAAUAGGUCUUCCAGAACAGUAUUACAGUCUGACGUGGUUCCUGAGCCCAAUCCUGGGCCUCAUCUUCACGCCCCUGAUCGGCUCGGCGAGUGACCGCUGCACGCUGCGAUGGGGCCGGCGGCGGCCCUUCAUCUUGGCCUUGUGCGUGGGAGUACUCUUUGGCGUGGCGCUCUUCCUCAACGGCUCGCUUAUCGGCCUGGCCAUCGGAGACGUACCAAAUAGCCAACCCAUUGGCAUUGUGCUCACCGUGCUGGGCGUGGUGGUGCUGGACUUCUGUGCGGAUGCAACGGAGGGACCCAUCCGGGCAUAUCUGUUGGAUGUGGCGGAUGCCGAGGAGCAGGACAUGGCCCUCAACAUCCAUGCCUUCUCCUCAGGACUGGGAGGAGCUGUGGGCUACAUGCUGGGAGGUCUGGACUGGACUCACACCUUCCUCGGCCAAGCCUUUAAGUCCCAAGAGCAAAUCCUCUUCUUCUUUGCCGCCAUCAUUUUCUCCAUCUCCGUGGGGCUGCAUCUGUUCAGCAUUGAGGAGCAGCAGUACAGUCCCCAGCAAGACCGUCUAGACGAAGAAGCCGACACUGCGUCCUCGGUGAAGCUCAACGGCAGCCUGGCCGCCCAUGCCCUUCCCCAGCUAGACCUCAUUGAUGAGGAGGAGCCCUACUGCAUGUGUGAGGACAGCCGUUCCGAGCGGGAUCUAGACCUGGACUUCCUCGAGGUGGACAUAGUGAGGAGCAAGAGCGACUCGGUGUUGGCCAUGGCCGACGCAACGCUGGAUCUAGAACACGACACGCUAUUCCUGCGUGAGAUUGAGCCCUCCAUCUUCCAGGACCGGCUGUCCUACCACAGCACCCCACCGCGGCGUAACAGCAGCGUGGGGAGCCAGGACCUCCUGCGAGGCAAGUUCCCCCGCCUGUCUGCCUUCCUGCAGGAGGCAGAUCGUGACGGUGCCGAGAUGCUGCUCCACAAUCAGUUGAAUGAGGCCAAAGCACCCAAUGGAGAAUCGAUGGGCCCCGGUGCUCCCAACGGCCACGCCCACACCGGCAUGAAACCAUCCGGCACCAGCGCCUCCAUGCGCCGCCGACGCCACACCUUCUACCGACAGCCCUCCUGCACUUUCUCCUACUAUGGCCGUGUGGGCUCGCACCGUUACAGGUACCGACGGGCUAACGCCGCGCUACUCAUCAAAUCCUCACGCAGCAUGAACGACAUCUACGAGAUGCAGAAGCGGCAGAGGAAGAGGCAGCAACAGCGCCAGAGGCAUCAGAGCGGCAACACCAACUCCAGUGGUGACACGGAGAGCGAGGAGGGCGAGUCUGAGACCACCGUGCGCCUCCUUUGGCUCUCCAUGCUCAAGAUGCCUCCCGAGCUGCUCCGCCUCUGCGUUUGCCACCUGCUCACGUGGUUCUCCAUCAUCGCCGAGGCCGUCUUCUAUACUGACUUCAUGGGCCAGGUCAUCUACGAGGGCGACCCCACGGCUGCUCCCAACUCCACUGCCCUGCAGAACUACCACAAAGGAGUCCAGAUGGGCUGCUGGGGCCUGGUGAUUUAUGCUGCUACUGCUGCCAUUUGCUCAGCUUUACUCCAGAAGUACCUGGACAACUUCGACCUUAGCAUCAGGAUCAUCUACAUCCUAGGGACCCUGGGCUUUGCUGUUGGCACGGCUGUGAUGUCCGUUUUUCCCAAUGUCUACGUGUCCAUGGUGAUGAUAAGCAGCAUGGGUGUUAUCUCCAUGAGCAUCUCCUACUGCCCCUACGCCCUGCUGGGCCAGUACCAUGAGAUCAAGGAGUAUAUCCACCACAGCCCUGGGAAUUCAAAGCGAGGCUUCGGUAUCGACUGCGCCAUCCUCUCUUGCCAGGUGUACAUCUCUCAGAUCCUGGUGGCUUCUGCCCUUGGUGCGGUGGUGGACGCCGUGGGCAGUGUGAGGGUCAUCCCCAUUGUGGCGUCCGGAGGCUCCUUCCUGGGAUUUCUCACCGCCACAUUCCUAGUGAUCUAUCCCAGCCCGCACGCUGACGAGGCCAAGGGGGAGCAGGCCAAGGCCCUUGGGUCGCAGGGGCCGGGUCAGACCGAGGCCUUGGAGAAGCCUAGCAUGCUCAGGUUGACCCGAAAGGGCACUACCACCACGACAACCACCAGCACCAGCUGCCAGGUGGAGUGCGAGUCCACGCUGUGAUCAUGCCUGAGUUGGGUGGGGUGGGGGUGUGGGAGCCAACACAAGGAUAGAGUCCCGCGUGGCUUGGACGGGACCUCAUAAGUCGUAGUUUUGUUUGAUGGUCUUAUGCUGCAGUGUGGCGGGAUCCAUUGUUUUACGCUCUCAGGGCCUCAGUGGGUGGCAACAGUGACAAGGGAGGUUGGGGUGGACAGCUGCCCAGGGACACAGCAGCUCCCGAAUGAGGGCACUUGGAGAAUUUGCUGAGGUCACAUCUUCACCACAUGGCCCUACAUUCCCCUUCCAACAAUCAGCGAAAACAGGCAACAUCAAAAUUACAAUGCUUUAUAGACGUGACAACUAAAGAAGUUUGAGAUUGUGUUGUAUAUUUCCCUCCACCGAUGAGUUAUUUUCAGUAUCUUUUUAACUAUUAUUUGAUUUCUGUGUAUCAGAGGGAUGAAAUCCUUAGCGGAGCUGAUUAUUUAUCUUUUCAACUUCAUAAGCUUUGACUUUAUAUGACGGAGUGUUUAGUGCAGGUGUCAGUUUAGGAGAUUAUUCAUGAAGGUGGGAAAACCGCAAGUUGCCAUUCGGUAUUGUUACUUUUUGUCUCUUUGUUUAUCCUACUUUUCCAAGUGCUUUAAUAUAAAGACCUCUCAACCAGUGGUGCAUGUUGCAUCUUGCCCAAGACAGGCUGGCAUUUAAUUGCCGCCGAUGAAGGAACCCGUGCAUGUAUUUUAAUACCUGUUCCUGUGAUCUUCCAUCUUACCAUGGAAAGUACGUCAGUCACCACCAUUGGGGCAUUACUAAUUGCGGAAACACUUCUUCAAAUAAAUAUGAAUGCUCCAUCGGCAAUUUCGGGAGCAGUUAGUGAAAAGAAGAGAAUCGGAAGUGCUGAAGCAGAUAGCUGACUUUGACAUUGUUUCUCAAAUUUUGUCUUGAUUUAUGCCUAUCAUGCUGUACUGCUAUUUGUACCAGUUUGUUGUUUUUUAAGAAUACUAAUGUUGCUGGCUAGAUGUUUGCCAGUUUCAGAUGGGCCUGUACCCAACGAAGGAGCACACUGGGGUUUGUCAGGCAGAAGGGCGGAGUUGAAGUUCUUGGCUUGUUGCACUUUUCUGACAGAACUUAUAAUGUGCAGGUGUGAGCUUUGGGGCAGGUGUCGCAGCACUCUAAACGCACGCUCCCUUUCCCUGCACACUAUUGGCUCUGCCGUACCUGUGGCCUGUUCUCUGGCCUAGGUGUUAACUCUAUCACAGCACGUGGUAGACACAAAGAGAUGGGUCCCUGCAGCAACAGUAGGCGCCGCCUUCCAUGGUAACCACGGCUCGAUAUUUUCCACGAUGCGGGCGUUACACUGUGAUGUGCAACGCCACGGAUGCUCUCGGUUCCGGCUGCGCGGCGAGCGCGGCUCUGUUACCAAGCGUACGCCUGCGGAGUAUCGCAACGGUGCGUUCGUUUCCUGCUGCCCACCGGACUUUGUGAUCCUCAGGUGCUAGCGGACAGAGCUUUGUUGCUCCUUGGAUUGUCAUCCAAGCAUUCAGAUUUCACAACUGUCUUGUGCUACAGGAAUAUUUAAGAGAUGGUAUGUUGCUUCCUUUUGUACGUCUGCGUGUGUGUGUGUGUAUGCGUAUAUGUAAACACACACACACACACACAUGCU